AGGCUGCUCACACGCUGCCACUGGGUCGUCAGGAGAGUUCUUAAGACUAGCGGGUUUUUACAGUCUCGGUGGGGUGAUAGAGAUAGUCAGGGAAGAGGAACUUACUGUUGUAGACGAGUGAGUGACGGUGGUGUGGUGUAGCGAGUGACGGUGGUAAGUUAUAGCGAGUGACGGUGGUAAGGUAUAGCGAGGGACGGAUUCUGAAGAGGUGAGUCAUGCCGCCUAUAGAUCUGUUUAGUGGGUUGUCGUUACUGUUGUGUUGUGAUUCUUUUAACGCCAACAACGACACCGCGACCACCACACUACCCAUCACGACACCAACUACUACUCCCGCCACGACACCGACUACGACCCCUGCCCCUCUACUUCCCAUGGCCCUCAGGACAGAAGCCCAUCAUGAAGACGUCACCCACUCAGAACCUGUCAACGACGAGGUGGACGAUGACGACGAAGUGGAAUAUGUAAACACGGUGGUGGUGAAACUCCCUAGCAAAAUGGCAGGAGGCGGAGUGGGGCAUUUAGUGCAGAUCAACGUGUUUAUAGGCGGGCUGAAGGAGGCGCUGCAGGGGGGGAACCUUCCACAAGAUAUACAGCUCAUCAUGGAUAUCCUCAAUUCCUCGUGUAACCAAGAACACCUGCAGGGAAUUCAAGAAGACCCUCAACAAGACACAAAUUCUGAUGACCUGCAUAACACCACCAUCUCCCUCUCUACUUCUGAAGGUGGUAACGGCGAGUGUAACCCGUCCGUAGAGAAGGAGAAGGGGGCAGGAAAAGAGGAAAUGAUGAAGGGAGCAGAGGAGGAAGAGGAUAAGAAGCUAGCGUGGUGGCAGAGGAACAUUGUGUACCAAGUGUACCCUCGUUCCUUCCAAGACACUGACGGCUCCGGUAAAGGCGACCUCAAGGGUAUAGCGAUGAGGGCAGACUACCUGCAGCAGCUGGGUGUGGCUACAGUGUGGCUCAGUCCUAUAUUCACCUCCCCCAUGGCUGACUUCGGCUACGACAUCUCUAACUUCACUGACAUCGACCCUAUCUUGGGCGACAUGCAAGACUUUGACUUCCUCUUGCAGGAGUUCCACGCCAGAGACCUGAAGGUGGUGCUGGACUUGGUGCCCAACCACACCAGCGACCAACACGAGUGGUUCACCAAGUCUGUCCUGCGGGAGGAUUCUUACACUGACUACUAUGUCUGGGCUGACCCUAAAGGCUACACUCCUUCCGGCACCCCCAUCCCCCCUAACAACUGGCUGAGUGUGCUCCGGGGGACGGCGUGGCAGUGGGUGGAGGAGCGGCAGCAGUUUUACCUCCACAAGUACAGGAAGGAGCAGCCGGACCUCAACUACCGUAAUCCCGCCGUCAGGAGCCACAUGAAGGAGGUAUUAAAGUUCUGGUUAGAUCGAGGUGUUGACGGUUUCUGCCUUGACGCCCUGAAACACCUGUACGAGGCAGAGGACUUGUACCAGGACGAACCAGUGAGCCUCAAGUCAGGUGUGAGUGAUCCUCUGCAGUAUGAGUACCUGGAGCACACCCUCACCGUCAACCAGCCGGAAGUGUUCCAGAUUGCCCUGAGGGAGUGGAGGGAUCUGAUCGACCAGUACCCCGACAGGUUCCUGAUAGCCCAGCUGUAUGACCCAGACAUCAGCGAGAUCAUGAAGUACUACGGGACCUCCUCAGCGCCUCUCUCUCACUUCCCUUUCAACUUCCGGUUUAUACAGUAUCUCAAGACCCGCGAUGACGUCACGGGCCACAACCUACUGGCCUACAUCACCGAGUGGCUGGACAACAUGCCGGCUGGAAUGUGGCCAAACUGGGUGCUGAGUAACCAUGGCAACAGUCGCUUGGCGUCUCGGGUGGGCGGGGACCUUGUGGACGCCCUCCACAUGAUGACGAUGCUACUGCCGGGGACCCCGAUCACCUACUACGGCGAUGAGCUGGGUAUGGAGGACACAUAUGUUACGUGGGAGGAGACGCAGGAUCCUUAUGGCAAGAACUUCGGCCCUACGAGAUACCAGGAGGCGAGUCGUGACCCCAGUCGGUCACCUAUGCAGUGGGACGACUCCCAUAACGCAGGCUUCAGCUCUGCCAACAACACGUGGCUCCCGGUGAACGACAACUACUUGACGGUGAACGUGAAGGCGCAGAUGGCGGCGCAGGAGAGUCACCUGCGUCUCUACCAGCGCCUGGCGAAGCUGCGUCAGGAGGUGACCUUCACCCACGGGAACCUGACUUUCCCCGUCGUCACCCAGCAGGUGUUCUCCUUCCUCAGGAGCCACCUGAGGUCACACAGUUACCUGGUGGUCAUCAACACCUCCCGGCAGCAGCUGUUGGUGGACCUGACGAAGGGCACAGGGCUGCCACCCACCGCCACCGUCCUCCUCCGCUCCGUCACCCACACUACCCCAAGGAGAGUCAUCCACACUACCCCAGGGUCAGAGGUCAACCUUGCUGUGUUGAGACUGAAGGCCGGUGAGGGACUCGUCCUUAGGCUGCCCACACAAGCUUGAAGCCUGAUACAACCUGAAGCCUGAUACAACCUGAAGCCUGAUACAACCUGAAGCCUGAUACAACCUGAAGCCUGAUACAACCUGAAGCCUGAUACAACCUGAAGCCUGAUACAACCUGAAGCCUGAUACAACAUGAAAGUUCCACACCUGUGAGUCACCUGUCGUCUGCCUUAUUAUUGAUUGAAUUUACUAAACACGAAUUAUUAUUAUAAAUUAUAUAAGAGUAAAACAAAAUUAAAAGGAAUUAUUAAA